UUUGAUAAGAUGCCACGCGUUCUACUUUACAUUGUAAUCGUAUCGAUGUUGACAUAUAUCACGCAUGCGCAACACAAUCUUCCCGCUGUAGAGACUCAACAAAUCAGCGGAAAAUCAGAAAACAAUAAUUCAUCAUCUGAAAUUAAAGUCUACGAAAAAUUGUUCAAAAAAUCAUUUGGCUAUCAACGUAAGGAGCACAUGCAAGUCAUUAAACGCCUUCAGAAAAUAGACAGCUACGAACGUCUGUACAAGAUGAUCAUGGUUCUUGGUGAAAAGAUGAUUGAUGUGAUCGAGGCAAGUAAAGCGUUAAUCGAGAAUGGGGGUUUUAACCCAGAUAACAGAACUUUGCCACGAAAUGUUACCAUACAGAGUGCAAUAUCUACUACAUUAGAGAACACAGCAUUCUUUGGAGACAUUAUUCUUCAUUUUCCUCACAUCACUCAUCGUAUACUGAGGACACAACAGAUAUGGAAUCCGAUCAUACAUUGGUCGUUAAAUUUUAUGAAUCGAACAAAAUAUUUAUUAGACACAGAAACAGUUGAAAGAUUUCAUCUAGUAUCGCAAGAAUUGAAUAUCGUCAAACGGGAACCGGAAUACUUCAAUCCUUACUGGCAUUCUGCAGAAUCUCGAAAAGAAUACAAAGGGGAGGCAAAGAAAAAAAAAUCGACGAGGAAAGAGAAGCAGAAAAGGGGGCCACAAAUAACCAAGGUUGAACUCUGA